AAUAUUAGAUAUUACCUUUAAAAAUGUGUCGCUGCACCCUGGUUUUAAUAGCCAAGCGUUCAUAAAUCGAAGUUGAAAUGAACGAGGAGCUUUUGAACGCAACGUCCACCUCGUAGAUUGCCUGUUGACAGCUAACACGUUAGCUCGUCGCUGAUAGCCUGGUAAUUGUAAGACAGCGUCGUCGGUUUUAAAAGCUUGAAAAGAAAAAAUCAAAAUGGUUUUGGAAGACGUGGAGUUCCUGAAUUUCUUCAAGGGGAAACGCAUCAAACUGACCCUGAAGACUUCGUCUUACCUCGGCGUCGUCCAACGGAUCAACCCCAACAAGACGUUGGUUUUAACGGACGUUUGUGGCAGUAAUGGCUGUAGAUAUCCUGGCUCCAAAAUGUUUUUCGGCCAUGAGAUCCUGAAUGUGGAGUUUAUCAAUGAUGCAAACGCCGACAGUGGAAACUCUGACUGCAGCCUUGAGGAGCACCUGAACGUGGAAAGGUUUCAGCCGUACAAGAAGACGGUCACGUUGGAUGAUGAUGAAGAUGAAGAUGUGUAUAUCAACUUUGUGGUCAUUGAUGAGUUUCAUGAGAAGUUUGGACCAGCCGUGAUGCACAUCAAGAAUCAGCAUGUCAUUGGUGUGGGAGCUGAUGGAGUCGAGCUAUUUCAAAAUGGGAGGCUGUGUUGGCUGCAGAUUGCCACUAAAAACAAGGUAUAUCUGUUUGAUAUCCUGGUACUUGGAGCUCGGGCCUUUAAGAAUGGACUUUCCAUGAUCCUGCAGAAUAAGCACAUACUCAAGGUCAUUCAUGACUGCAGAGCCAUUGCUGGAUGUCUGUUGGCUCAGUUUGGAGUAAUGCUAACCAAUGUCUUUGACACACAGGUGGCAGAUGUCAUGUGCUUCUACUCAGAGACAGGAGGCUUCCUUCCUGACAGAGUCAGCACUCUGCAGGAGGUGGUUAGUCUCCAUCUGAAGGUGCCCUCCUCCCAGCUCUUAUCCCUUCAGAUGAAGUCACAGCUCACCAGGGAAGAAAGGGAGAUGUGGCAGAAGCGACCCUGUCCUGUACCCCUGGUUAAGGUGAUGGCUCUGUCAGUGAUCCACCUUCUGCCCCUCAGACUGGUGCUGCUGGAUACUCUCAUGGGGGACUACAUGGCCCUGGUGGAUUCAUAUCUCACCAGCAGCCACUACGAGCCUGGUGAAAUACAACAUAUUACCAUGGAGAGUGUGUCGGAGUUGCCCAGACAGCUCAGGCAGCUGGAGCAAAUGCGUUCUGAGAGGCAGGAGUGGGCUGCCGCCCUCUAUCCCGUCACAGAGCAAGGUCUGCUGGACCGCUUCAACCCCAGACCUCAGUCUCAACGCCAGACCUCACCUGCAGUACUGGAGCACAGCCAGACACAGGCAGAAUCUUUUGAACCUGCAUCCUCAACACAAGUGGACCUUCCUCUUCACGAACCACCCACCAGCCCUCCGAGAGAUACCCAUGCCUCCCUUGACUCAGCAUCCCAGCCUCCAGUCCCAGCUGCUGUGUCAGACUUUAGAGAAGAAGUGUCUGUUGACAGUCCCCCGUCUCUAAGUGUAGGCAGAGGGCGCACCGAGAUGGACACAAUGGGCAGAGGAAGGUCCUUUGAGUCCCUGUCACCUUCCCUCAGUCAGUCGUUCAGGUCUUUCAGAUAUUAAAGGAAAGGAAAAAGCCUUUUAAGGUCACGUCUUAAACAUUCACUGUUGCAUUGUGUGUGAUUUUGUAAUGUGACCAGUAGAUGGCAGUAAACAUUCUGUUUUGUACAAAGGUUUGUCUGUUUGAGGAAAAAUAUUUUGUUGUUUGAAGUUUCAUUUUAAUUAAAAAUAUUUCUGU